AUGUCGAUAGACGAAGAUGAAAUAUUAACCAUGGAUUCACGUGUAAUUCUUUCUGAUAAAAAUCAAAUGCCACGAUUGGGUCUUGGUACAUGGCGAAGUGAACCAGGAAAAGUCGAAAAUAUUGUUUUUGAAGCUAUAUUAAAUUGUGGUUAUCGUCAUAUUGAUUGUGCAUGGUUAUAUAAAAAUGAAAAUGAAGUUGGAAAUGGUAUACGUAAAGCUUUAGAACAAAGUCAAGGAAAAAUCAAACGUGAAGAUUUAUUCAUUACAACUAAAUUAUGGAAUCAACAUCAUCAACCUGAAGAUGUUGAAUGGGCUAUUCGUGAUAGUUUAAAAAACUUUCAAUUAGAUUAUAUUGAUCUUUAUCUAAUACAUUGGCCUGUUGCAUUUAAAAAUAUCAAGGAAAAUCAAUGGUCACAAAAUCAAGAUAAAACAAUUCGUUAUUAUGCUGAAGGCGUAACUAUAACUGAUACAUGGAAAGCAAUGGAAAAUUUAGUUGAUUUUAAAUUAGUACGUUCAAUAGGUUUAUCAAAUUUUAAACAAUCAGAAAUAGAUGAAAUUAUUAAUAUAGCUCGGAUUAAACCAGUUGUUAAUCAAAUUGAACUUCAUCCAUAUUUAAAUCAACAAGAAUUACGUUUAUAUGCAAAAAAAGUCAAUAUUAUUUUAACAAGUUAUUGUCCAUUAGCAAAUUUAAAACGACCAAAUGAACGUGAAGAAGAAACAUCACCAUUAUAUAAUCCAAUUAUUGAUAAAAUAGCUAAAUCGAAAAAUCGAACAUAA